CGCCAUUGCUUCGUCGGGCAACGAGUCAGAGCAGGCGCCGUCAUUCAAACGGGCAGGCAAAGCCGGCGCUCACGCUUUUCCUAGAGUUCUUCGUCGGCGUCUCCCGUCUUCCUACCUGUUCUGUCCUGUCCCGCGGAGGGUGCGAGUGCGGCUGCGCAAAGGAACAAAAGUUUUUGGAUCGUUUUUAAAGAACAUAGCAAGCCAAAAAAAUGACAGAAAAUGACAAGUCCACAAAUGUAGAGAAGUAUGUUGGUGAAAUUAAGGGUGGACUGAGACCAACUAUGAAAAUCACUAUCAUGGGAAUGAUAUAUCCUAAGCCCAAAAGUUUUUCAGUGACUUUGCUUUGUGACUCCAAGGAUGAUCACACAACCAGGGAUAUUGGAUUAUUACUUGUAGUCAGCUUUAGUGAGAAAUCUAUUGUCCGGAAUUCACAAAUUGCUGGGAAAUGGGGCAAGGAGGAAAAGACAAUCCCCUACUUUCCAUUUACAGCAGAUGACUCAUUUAAGAUGGAACUUUUAUGUGAACAUCAGCAGAUUCGAAUCCUGCUUGACGGACGUCAGUUGUGUAGUUUCAAUCACCGUGUGCAGCCUGUGCAAAGGAUGACUGGUUUGCAAAUCUCAGGAGACCUCAAACUUACCAAGGUGGCUUGAAAAAAAUAAUAAAUCCAAAAUGCCCUUCUUCAAUGUUGAGCUACCAACACUCAGCAGGUGUUAGGCAAAAUGACCAACUGCAAAAGAUCCUAGGAGUUUUAACCCAAAGCCUGAAGGGUCACACCUUCUCCAUCUCUGUAAUAAAUAAUCCCCUAUCAUUACAGCUGUUAUUACGGCAAUAGAUGAUUUUUCAAUUUCUUCUUUCUUUUUUUUUUGCCUUUAUGUGUGCAUCUGGAAAUGUUAUGUUUUCUUACAAUUCUACCCCCUCCUGCCAAAAGAAUUUAAAUGUUUUUUUUUAAUUUAGUUCAGAAUUCUGGGAGUCUUGCAGGUCUAUUCUGUUACAUCUGGUUGAAAGCUUUGGGAUGAGAGAACUGCAGGUGCACAGAGAUUUUAUAUUAAUUUCUAAGAGGAAGACAACUAUAUGCAAAAGAUGUUUUCAGCAUAUAUUUUUUUAACAUUGUGAAGUAAGCUACACUAUGUUCAUUGGAGCUUGUUUCCAGGGAAAUUGUAUGCUAUGUUGAAAAAAAUGAAAAUAAAAUAAUUGUGUGUAACUAUCUCUAUUUUAUUUAAA